GGGAAACGGCGUCGCGAGAACAGCUGAUCUGCUACAAUCUGCCGGGAACGUCGUUUUUCGCAAAAGUAUAUUAUUUAAGAAAGCCUAGUUUAAUAUAAUUGAGCAAAAAUGACUGCUUUCGAAGAAAUGGGUGUUUUGCCAGAAAUAGGAAAGGCAGUUGAUGACAUAGAUUGGACACUACCAACCGAUGUUCAAGCCGAGGCCAUCCCGCUGAUUCUGGGUGGUGGAGAUGUACUGAUGGCUGCCGAAACUGGCAGUGGAAAAACUGGUGCCUUCUGUUUGCCUAUUUUACAAAUAGUCUGGGAGACUCUGAAAGAUUUUGAAUCUGGAAAAGGAGGCGGAGCUAGUGCACAAACUCAACAAUCAGCACAUUGGGGAUUGAGCCUGUUUGAUAGAGGACGAGCCUUGGCAGUGACACCAGAUGGUUUAAGAUGUCAGAGUAGAGAGCAGAAAGAAUGGCAUGGUUGCCGUGCAAAUAAAGGGAUUUCAGGAAGUGGCAUAUUUUUUGAGGCCAUAGUUACUGACGAAGGCUUAUGCCGAGUGGGCUGGUCUACAUCUCAGGCUACUUUGGAUUUAGGAACGGAUAGAUUCGGUUAUGGAUUCGGUGGUACCGGAAAGAAAUCGAACGCGAAGCAAUUCGAUGAUUAUGGGGAAGCCUUCGGGAUGCACGAUGUGAUCGGAUGCUUCAUCGAUUUGGCGAAAGGCGAAAUAAAAUUUACCAAAAACGGCGUAAACUUGGGCGUUGCAUUUACUUUAAACGCGCAACAAAAGUCACAAACUUACUACCCGGCCGUCGUGUUGAAGAACGCUGAGAUGGGCUUCAAUUUUGGAGCGCAACCAUUCAAGCAUCCGCCUCCAAAUGACUAUGUAGCCGUAUCGUCGGCUCCCAAGGAAUCCAUCAAGUGCAAUCCCGUCAGCAGCAAUCAGAAAUCAACUGAAAGCGGUAAACCCACAAAUAACGCGCCUCAAGCCAUCAUCAUAGAGCCCUCUCGCGAAUUAGCUGAACAAACUUACAAUCAAAUCCAGAAGUUCAAAGUACACUUAAAGAAUCCAACGAUCAGAGAGCUGCUCGUUAUCGGUGGUGUGAAUGUAAAAGAGCAGAUUGCUGUCUUGAACUCCGGUGUAGACAUAGUCGUCGGAACCCCCGGACGUCUAGAGGAUCUUAUACAAGGCGGUUACUUGUUGUUAACGCACUGCAGGUUCUUUGUGCUGGACGAAGCUGACGGAUUACUAAAGCAAGGUUACACCGAACUUAUCGAUCGCCUGCACAAACAGAUUCCAAAAAUUACGUCGGACGGCAAGAGACUGCAAAUGAUCGUGUGUUCGGCGACGUUACACGCAUUCGAAGUUAAAAAGAUGGCCGAACGUUUGAUGCAUUUUCCAACUUGGGUGGAUUUAAAAGGCGAAGACGCAGUGCCUGAGACUGUUCAUCAUGUUGUAGUGUCGGUAGAUCCGCAGAAGGACAAAUCGUGGUAUAAUCUAAGAAAUCAUGUAGAAACUGAUGCUGUACAUGCAAGAGAUAACGUGAGACCAGGGAACAAUACCGCUGAAACGUUGUCGGAGGCAGUAAAGAUGCUGAAGGGAGAGUACUGCAUACGCGCAAUCAAAGAACACAAGAUGGACCGGGCGUUGAUCUUCUGCAGGACGAAACUCGAUUGCGAUAAUCUCGAGAGAUACCUGAAGCAGGCCGGUGGACAGCAGUUCUCAUGUGUGUGUUUGCACGGAGACAGGAAGCCCGCGGAGCGUAAGGCCAAUCUGGAGAGGUUCAAACGUCAAGAGGUGAAAUUUUUGAUCUGCACCGAUGUAGCGGCCAGAGGAUUGGAUAUCACCGGUCUACCUUUCAUGAUAAACAUAACUCUUCCCGAUGAGAAGUCCAAUUACGUGCAUCGCAUCGGACGAGUCGGCAGAGCCGAGAGGAUGGGUCUGGCGAUCUCUUUGGUCAGUAGUGUGCCGGAGAAGGUGUGGUAUCACGGCGAAUGGUGUUCUUCUCGUGGGAGAAACUGCCAAAACACCAAUCUGACUAAUCAGGGUGGUUGUUGCACGUGGUACAAUGAGCCCCAGUAUUUGGCGGACAUUGAGGAUCACUUGAAUGUGACGAUUCAACAAGUCCAAUCGGACAUAAAGGUGCCGCUGAAUGAGUUUGAUGGAAAAGUUACGUAUGGCGAAAAGAGAAUGGCGAUGGGUUCCGAUUACAAAAAUCAUGUCCAACAAAUGGCUCCUGUUGUAGCGGAAUUGGCCGCAUUAGAAUCCAGAGCGCAGCUCAUGUUUUUAAAGACUCAUAUAGCAGAGCGUUAGAAGCGAAAUAUUCAUUCGUGAAUAUUUAACUCUGAAAUUCUAAUCGAAUCUCACAAUAUUGUUUAUAAUGUUAUUAAUAUUUGUAAUACGACAUCCUAUUAUCGCUAAUAUAUAUAUUUUGUUCUUUCUUAUAUUUAUCUGAAAAUUUCUUAAGCUUUUUUGCAUUUGUACAAAAUCAUGGCGUUAAGCUCGUAUGUUGCAUAAUGAAGAUAUACAUGUCAUAGUAUGAAAAAAAUGGUGUAUGUAUUUCUUUGUGUGAUACGUUUAGACGAGAUGUGCGAUAAAAUGCAUACAUACACACACACACAGCGUUCCAUUUGAAAUAAUGCACAAAUAUCUUCGAAACUGAUUUAGUGAUAUCGAAAAAUGUUACAGACAAGAAUUGACUGAUUUCGAAAAAGUCAAUCUGAUAUCGGUAGUUUUCUUGUAGACGAAAAUGUAGAGAAAAUAUGAAUGUCAACUCUUCGUUUUUCUAAAUAAAAUAUACUUUUAUAUGCAUACAUUUUUGAAUAUAUUAAGAAAUGCAGCUCUUCAUUUGUAAACUCUAAUUUAUAUUUACAAAAAAAACAUUAACAUCAGAUUAUGUUUCAAAUUAUUUAAUUUUUGUCUAAAACACUUUUCGAUAUUGCUAAUAGAUUCAAAUAUAUUCGCACGCAUCAUUAAAAAUUGGAUACUUUGUACAUGCACACACACAUGCAAACGCCCUGUAAAAAUUGGGCCCCACAGUCGAUUGCCACAGACGCAUCUGCCAUUUAUGUAAGACGUACGAUAAGUAUUUAUUGUAUCGUUAUUAAUUUGCAUAAUCGUAUCAUCACUAUUUUACUCAAACAAACGUAUGAUACAGCGGCGUUUGCUAUUGUAAUUUCUUUAUAGUGUGUUUUGUACGUGUAUGGAGUGUCGCUGUGUGGUUCUGUGUGUGUGUGUGUUUCCUCUGUAUUUAUAAUAUAUUAUAUACGCUUAUAAGAAAAUUUACUAAAUGACUUCUGUUUAAUUACACAUAAUAAUUUAUACACACAUAACUCUUAUAUAUUCUCGAAAGCAAUGAUAAACGACUAAAGUUAUACAGUAUACAAAUCAUAUUGUUCUCUUCUCGCCGCAAUUCGGAUACAGCGUGUGUUCUCUUUAUUUUUUUUUCUUUUAACAUAUUAAAGUUCUAUGUUUGCGCGCGACGUAUUUAUCAUGUCCGCUUCUUCUUCUUCUUCUUCUUCUUCUUCACACACGUAAUGAACGAGAGACACAUACACACGCGUCUUCUUACGUCUAUAAAGAUUCAUUUCUCCUUUUUCUCUCAUUUGCGCAGUUAGUUACAACGACUGUUAAUUAAAUUUUUAUUCGCUAAAUCAAUUGAUUAAUCCAUUAGCCUUAAGACUUCAUGUAAACAUUUCUUAUUCUCUUCUCGCCUCUUGUAUUCAGUAGACAGUCAUCACAGAAUGAGAAUGAAAUAUUUUCCUCGUAA